UUUCGCUGUUAGCAACGGAAAGAAGCCGAGCUAGCCGCAAAACCUACUUUCAGAUUCAUCGACAUUUUAUUUCGCUACGAUUACACAAAAAAAAUUGACAAGAAGCAAGAAGCGCACAUGUGUAUCUCCUACUAGCCGGUGCCGCAGCAGCAGCGUAGUAGUUUAAUGAGAACAGUUUCCCGGUAGUGUGAGUUAGCGCUGCUCGGUAGCAGCACGUUGACGUUAGCUCGGAGCUAGCGGACUGUCACACAACCACACCACGCCUCGCUGCCAACACGACGCGCUGCCACACUUGUCAUUUUAAGACGCCGUCUUUUAUGGGAUCGCCAUGUCAAUGAAGGCCGGUGGAAAUCGCAGCAAGCCCGGCGGCGGCGGCAGCAGCGGCGGCAGCGGGGCCGCCGGAGGGAGCGGAGGGAGCGGCGGGGGACGGCCGAGCCUGGGCAGGGGAAGACACAGUGGUAAAGCUCCCGCUGCUGUCAUUUUCAGUGGUGUAUAUGCAAAUAUGAGGAUGGUCCAUGUUUUGACUUCAGUGGUGGGGACCAAGUGUGAGCUGAAAGUAAAAAAUGGAGCAGUAUAUGAAGGAGUAUUUAAGACGUAUGGUCCAGAGUGUGACCUGGUGUUAGAUGCAGCCCACAGAAAGAGCCCAGAGUUGAGCAUAGGUCCCAGGAAAGAAGAUAUUGUCGAGAGCAUCAUUUUCAAAGCAUCCGACGUCGUCGUGGUGACCUUCAAAGAUGUGGACCUGAAUUUCGCCAGGAAAGUCUCAUCUGACACAGAAAACUUCACAGAUGCAGCAGUGAGUGGUAGGAUCAAUGGUGAGCACAAAGAGAAAGAUCUAGAGCCCUGGGAUGGAGGAGAAACCCAUAACUCUGACAGCCUCGAGUCUCUUGAUACAGAUGUGUCAAAUGGGUGGGAUCCCAAUGACAUGUUCAAGUACAAUGAGGAGAAAUAUGGAGUCUUGUCUACAUAUGACAGCAGCCUUUCCACAUAUACGGUCCCCUUGGAGCGUGACAACUCUGAAGAGUUCCUGAAGAGAGAAGCGCGUGCUGCCCAGCUGGCAGAGGAGAUUGAGGCCAGUGCCACAUACAAGGCUCGUGUGGCCCUGGAGAACGAUGAACGCACUGAGGAGGAGAAAUAUACCGCUGUGGUGCGAGGAGAGAGAGAGACUCAUGCAGUCGGCAGGGAGAAUAAGUACGUUCCUCCAGGUCAGAGGAACAGGGAGGGGAUGUCAUGGGGGCCAGGACGUCAGAAUUCCCCUCGCCUCGGUCAGAACUCGGGCGGACCCUCCGGUCCCCGACCAGGACCUCAUGACUACAGUCCCAGCUCUGGGGCCGACCAGCGGGUGGUUAAUGGAGGUUCAUCCCAUUGGCCCUCACCCUGUCCAUCUCCUUCCUCUCGUCCCCCCUCUCGUUACCAGUCUGGUCCCUCCUCCCUGCCUCCUCGGGCGACCACGCCCACCAGGCCACCCUCCAGACCCCCUUCUCGACCUUCCAGACCUUCCUCUCAUUCAACCCAUCCCUCCUAUCCCUCCUCUUCAUCCUCCUUUUCUCACCAUGGGCCCACGUCGCCAGCCUCCACUCUUCCAAAACGCAUGUCUUCAGAAGGUCCUCCGAGGAUGUCUCCAAAAUCCCAACGGACACCUCGUGCUCACAGGGUGGCCCCCUCCAGAAUCAGUGGAGUCCCCCCUGGGGUGGACAUGAUUUCCCACAAUACAUCUGGAGAGGUGCCGGUCGCUCCUCAGAGCAGGAGUAACUCCUCCGGAGGGACUUGGUCCUCAGUGGUCAGUGGAGCUCACAGACCUCGCUCCCCCCGACAGAACAGCCUGGGAGGGGCGUCCCCCGGCUCUUCCUCCCUCCCGUCUCCCCAGACAGGAACAGCUCCUGUGGAAAGUGUCACCACGCUGACAUUAGCUUCCUCUCCCACUGCUGCUAGUCCUGCCCCCAACAUGGUCACUUCCCCAUCAGGAGAUGGAAAAGAGUGUCGUGUCCAGGAGGCCAGGCAAACACCUCCCUCAGCAAACAAAGAGGUCAUCAAGCCUUUAGAAAGUUCGUCUAGUAUUACCAGACCAGUCUGUAAAGGACCCACUUCGAUGGCACCAGACCACAGAAAACAAAUAGAUAAUUUGAAAAAAUUUAGUGUAGAUUUUAGAUUGCAGCCUAGUUCAAAUCAAGACCCUACUUUUGACCAGAUGAUGACCAAACCAGUAAGAGAUCCAGCAGACAAGCCAAAAGACCUUCCCCUAGAAAAAGCAGCUACAGCUGGACGGGAUGGCACUGAAGACGGCGCUGCAGUGAUUGCUGCUAGCACCCCGGGAGCUGCCUCUGCUGCAGCCACGACCACCACAAACACCAGUAAGCCUGGCAGCCCCGCUGCUCUGUCUCCAUCUCCUUCAGCCACGGACCAGAAGAGGACAGGCAUGGAUGUGAUAUCGCAAGGAGUUCAAACAACUGCAGCGUCUACGUUCAGCGGAGCCAAGCACGAGGACAAGGAGGAGAAAAAGGAAGCAGUGCAAGAUCAAGUAAAAAAAUCAACCCUGAACCCAAAUGCAAAUGAGUUCAAGCCCAGGUUUAACGCGCAGCCGAAACCAGCGAACACGCCGACACCUCCCCGGCCUCAGGGCCAGCCCAGCCCCUCCAUUGUGGUCCAGCAACCCCCAGCUCUAUAUGGCCAAACCGUUUGCUUCCCCCAGAUGUAUCCGCUCACGCCAGUCAGCCCUGGAGUGCAGAAAAGCAUAAUAUGGAAGUCUCCAGCCAUGUACCAAGUUCAGAUGCCUCAUAUGACAGUGAGCCAGUCUAAACCCUACAGACCAGGUAAAGUGCCCAACAUGCCCCAGCAGAGGUCAGAUCAACACCACCCCCCCGGCACGCCCACCAUGAUGCACCCGGCGACGGCAGCAGGACCACCGAUUGUAGCACCCAACCCUGCCUACUCUACGCAGUACUUCACCUGUAGCCCACAGCAGUUCACCAGUCAGCCGCUCGUCCAGCAGAUGACACACUAUCAGUCACAGGCGCAGCACGUGUUCAGUCCAGUGAUGCAGGGAAAUGCUCGGAUGAUGGCGCCCCCGACUCACGGCCAGCCCACCCUCGUCUCUUCUUCAACGACACAAUACCCUGACCAGGCACACACCAUGUAUGUGUCUCCAGGACCAAUGCCUCAGCAGUACCCCCACCCUAGUGCCACCUUACACCCUCACCCACAGCACCCUCAGCCUUCUGCCACUCCUACAGGCCAAGCUCAGCAAGGUGGUCCCCCACAACACGGCGGUCCCCCCAACCACCCGGCCGCCAGCCCGGUCCAGCACCCUCAGCACCCGCAGGCAGCAGCAGCAGCUGCAGCAGCGGCCCAAGCCCUCCACCUGGCCAACCAGCCCCCGCAGCAGCAGAUGUACUCGGCCCUGGCCCCCACUCCCCCCUCCAUGACCCCGGGGCCCAACCCUCAGUCCCCCCAGGCAUCAUUCCCCUCUGCCCAGCAGACCGUCUAUAUCCACCCGCAGCAGGUGCAGCACGGCUACAACCACAAUCACAUGGCACACGUGCAGCAGUGUCAUUCGUUUGCCUUACAGGCCCAUAUGCAGUCCGGUAUGGUGCCGUCCCACCACCCGGCGCCCACCCACCCCACCAUGAUGCUGAUGGCCACCCAGGGUCCUCCCGGCGGCCCGCAGCCCCCCAUGGCCCAGACCGCCCUCAACCCCAUCCCCGUCUCCUCCACCACACAUUUCUCCUACCUGGCACAUCCACAAGUGCAAACCCAUCAUCAUCAGCAGCAGCUGUAGAUAGAGGGCGCCAGUGAGUGGAGGGACCUGCUCUGCAUCAUGCUUUUCAACCAGAGCCUCCAUAACCAGGCCAUGAAGAGAAUGAGAGUCCUCUCUCUCCUCAUCCUCACGAGAUACGCUUCACAUCAGCUUUUCUCUUCCCUCCCUCCUUCCUUCCUUCCCGACUAGGCAAUAAGAGAAUGUUAACAGGUUGAUGCAGUGACAUGUUUUAACAAGAUAGUUUUAAUGGACAAAACUGCUUCUGUUGACCCAGCUCUCUCUUUCUUUCUCCCUCUUUCUCUCUUUCUUUCUCUCUCUCCCUCUAUCUUUUUCUCUCUCCCUCUUUCUUUUUUUCUCUCUCUCUCUUUCUCACAUAUAUACGCAAACACACACACACACAUACACACACAAGAAUCUCACCCACACACACAUCCACGGGUCACAGAUUGCAACUUAUGUCAGUUUGCCAAGUAGGAUGUGAAAGAGAGUAACUAAUUGGUAAGGGUGAAGAAGAUUCAACUGGAACUUGUACUUUGUCUGCACCUUGUUAUGAAAAGAAAAAAAAAAUCUUCCAACUUUUAGACAGUAUUAAUCUUACUGUUUAUUGCUGCUGCUAUGUGCUGCGUUUGUUUCCAGACUACAUGACAAGUUUCUAACCAAACUAAAAACGAAAUAUGACCAGAAACUUCCUGUGAAAUGAACUUGUUUUAGCAGCCAAGAGGAAAGGAGAAAUGUUAUUUAUGAAAUUAUAAUGGCUGAGGUGAUCAAAUCCCACUUCUCACCUGCCCCUUAUGUAACUUUUAAGUUAAAACUUUUACUUUGUAGAUAAUAUAAAUAAUUUAAAAAUCAGCAAAAAAAUUUAAAAACAAUAAAAAAGUUUUAAAAACUG